AUGUCAGCGCUAACUGAUCGAGUCCGUUACCUACUGCGUAACCUCAACCCUGAAGAGAGUGCAGACUAUGAGUCAGUUAAAGCAGCAGUGCUGACGGAACUGAAGCUUUCUCCGGCAGAGUACCUGCAGAGGUUCGAAAGAGCCGUAAAGCGUAAGGAAGAGACGUGGGCACAGUUCGCGUCCCGCGUGAAAACUUAUUUCUCGUACUACCUCCAAGUGAGAGAAGCCGACUCGGUAGAAGUGAUGGCAGAACUCAUGGUUGCUGACCGCAUAAAAUCGGGCCUUAGUACGGACGGUCUUGAGUCCUCGGCAGAAGUUCCUACGACACCAGAUGUGACUGGAUCCAGCAUUGUAGGGAAGACGCUGUACCUGACGCCGUUCAUUAAGGCAGGCAAGCUCGAGCAUGCGAAGUCGCUCAGCAAGGUGGGACGCAUCGGAGCCGACAAGGAAGUGACCAGCUACGCCGGAUACAUCACUGUCAAUCCAGAAUUUAACAGUAACCUGUUCUUUUGGUUCGUACCUUCAAUGACUACUCCUGACAUUGCUCCUGUGUUGCUGUGGCUACAAGGUGGACCAGGCUCGUCCUCCCUUAUGGGAUUCUUCGUCGAACAUGGUCCGUACCAAUUGUCGAAAGACGGCAAGGAGGUCAAGUACCGUGGGCGAACGUGGGCCCGUCGCUUGUCCAUGCUUUACGUCGACCACCCUGUCGGCACCGGGUACAGCUUCACCGAGAGCGAAAGCGGCUAUGCACGCGACAUGACCGACGUGGGUCGCGACAUGCUCGAGUUCCUCCAGCAGUUCUUCACACUGUUCGGAGAGCUGGCCCAAAACGAGUUCUACGUCACCGGAGAGUCUUACGCCGGCAAGUACGUACCAACGAUCGGCGCAGUGCUGCACCAGAACGCCGCCACGAUGCGGGUCAAGAUUAACUUCCGAGGGAUCGCCAUAGGCAAUGGCUUCACGGACCCCGUCAACAUGCUGGGCUUCGGCGAACUUCUCUACGGCUUUGGACUCAUAGACCGCAUCUCCGCCGACUACAUGAUGCACGUCGCCGACCAGGCGGCCGACUGCAUCCGUUCCGGACUCAUGCGAGACGCCGCGGUGCUGAUGGACAGGCUGUUCUUCGGCGUGCUACACGAGAGUACAUUUUUCAAGAACGUCACGGGCAUGCACUACUAUUACAACUUGCUUCAAGACAGUCCGCCAAAGGACAACUCCGCGUACAUGACUUUUGUGCAGAGACCGGAACUGCGGCGCGCGCUGCACGUGGGAAAUCAAACGUUCCACAUGUCGCGUACCGCCGUGGCUUCACACUUCUACGAAGACCUGCUGAAUUCGGCCAAGCCGCAGUUCACCGUAGUCGUCGAGGGUGGCUAUAAGGUGCUCGUGUACAGCGGUAACCUUGACAUGGCAAUGUCCACCACCCAGACCGAGAACUUUUUGUCGCAGGUGGACUGGUCUCACGCCGGCCGUUGGUACCGCGAACCGCGCACUAUUUGGCGUAGCUCCGAUGGGCGCCUGCUGUACGGCUACAAGAAGACAGUCGAAAAUCUCAACUUCGUGGUGGUGCGAAACGGCGGCCAUCUAUUGGCUUUCGAUCGUCCCAAGGUCGCGUAUGAACUCAUCACUGCUUUCAUCGAAAACAGGCACCCCUUCAAAGGCUAGUCUUUUUCGUUAGACAGUGAACUAAAACAUAAUGUCUAUAGCAUGGC